AUAUAUAUAACAUAAGUAUUUACAUUUCAGUGUUUUACUUAAAAAAAUUCAAAUAUGAAAUAUAUUUUCUUGUUUUUGGUUGCCGCUGCAGCGGUUGUGAAUUCACAAUAUAAUCAACCUAUCAAAGCUAAUUGCCUUAUAAGACGCUUGAAAGAAUGUGCUGAAACCUGGGAAACAUGCCGCGAUAAGCCCGACUCUGAUACUGCUUAUUCUGUUUAUACAUUUAAUGUCGAGCAGCUGAAAUGUUUCAAAGUAGCUGCCCAUCGAAAUUGUGUUCCCACAAAAAAUUGGUUUCUCGAAUAUAACGACUGUAUGAAUUGCGGAGGAUGGUAUUGUAAUGGAUAUUAUGGCCGCAAAUAAUGGCAGAUAUAUCCUGCAAAAUAAUGUAUAGCCCAGUAAAUGAACGGGAAAUUUGGCGAUACUGUGUAAUUUUCAGGGGCAACUCCGAAUUGCAUGAAAAUUUGGAUUUAGGUUCUACUUACCCUCCACUUCAAAGUUGAAAUUGUGCCAUUGGUUGCUUUUACUUGGGGGGUGACAGUCACCCCUUCUCGGGGGUGAAAAAACAUACCUUCAAGAUAAGACCGGAAAUUGAUAAAUUGACUCAUUUGAAGCAACUUUUGUUCUAUACAGUUUUUUACGAAAGUCAAUACUUUUCGAGUUAUUUGCCAUUGAAAAUGUUGAUUUUUCGACAAAAAAACUACGUUUUCAGACGGUUUUUCGCAAAUAACUCAAAAAGUAAAUAUUUUAUCGAAAAAAAUACCCUUAGCAAAAGUGUAGCUUAUAAAAAACCGAAAAAUAUGGUUUAUCAGUAAAGUCUAUCAAUCAAACAAAAACAAAGUUGUAGCUCAUGAAAAAUACGUUCUUAUUCGUCUAAUUCCAAAUCGAAAAUUUUCAAGGUGAAAUCACCGAAAAAUUAAGCACUUUUCGGAAAAAAACCCAUUUAAACUUUUUUAAAGUGUUUAUAAAAAGCUCUGUUUUAAUUGUUAACCAAAAUUUUUGGCAUUAAAAAUAAGCGAGUUACGCUCAAAAUAAAGUUGGCCCUCUUUUUUUGUAAAAAAUCAUGAAAAUCUCGCCGUGUUUAGCUCCCCAAAUGAAAUUAAUCGCUACCGCUUUACAAACAAUUUACUUACCUAUCUAUUUUUUAUAUGAUCUGUCAGUCUCACCGGUUUAAAGUGUUUAUUUUUGAAAGGGUUAUAAUUGAGAAAGCUUGAAUGGGUCACUAAUCACGAGUGUAUGCAAAUUUUGAACAGCCAUAUCUUAACCAAUUUUUGUCUUACGGAGAAACAAAAUGAAACUAGCAUAUUUAUAAUAGCAAAACCUACAUUUUUUUACUCUUUAAGAUUUUUCUUACCACUAAUACUUUUUAAGUUAUUUUGAAAAAAUGAAAUUUUUCAAAAAUUUUUAGAAAAUUUUUUUUUACUAUAAAACCAAAUGUUUUUAAAAAUAAGCACUUCAAACCAAUCAAACUUCAGAUCAUAUAAACAAUACACAUACAGUUAAAAUAGAUGGUAAAGCCAAACAAUUAAUUUCAUUUAGGGUGCUAAAUAGAGGAAGGUUUUCACGAUUUUUUUUACCAAAAAAAAGGGCCAACUUUUUUUUCAGUGUAACUCGUUUAUUUUUGAUGCUGUAAACUUUUGUAAAAAACAAAUAAUAAGCUUUUUUUCGAUACUUUAAAAAUGUUAAUAAGGUUUUCCCGAAAAACGCUUCUUUCUUCGGUGAUUUCGCGUUGAAUUAUUCAAUUUGGAAUUAGACGAAUAAGAACGUAUUUUUCAUGAGCUACAACUUUGCUUCUACUCAAUUUGUAGACUUUACUUGUACACCAUUUUUUUCGUUUUUUUAUAGGCUACACUUUUGCUAAAAAUAUUUUUUUCGAUAAAAUAUUUACUUUUUGAGUUAUGUGGGAAAAACGAUCUGAAAACGUAGUUUUUUUGUCGAAAAAUCAACAUUUUAAAUCGCGAAUAACUCGAAAAGUAUUGACUUACGUAAAAAACUUUAUAGAACAAAAGGUACUUAAAAUAAGUCAAUUUAUCUAUUUCCGGCCUUAUUUUAAACACGCGUUUUUCACCCCCCGAGAAGGGGUAAAUGUCACCCCCCAAGUAAAAGCAACCAACGGCACAAAUUCAACUUUGAAGUGGAGGGUAAGUAGGACCUAAAUCCAAAUUUUCAUGCAAUUCGGAGUUGCCCCUGGAAAUUACACUCCAAAACGGUCAUUUAUUGGGCUAGUAUUGCUUUUCGUACAUUUUACGUUACAUUUGACUUUUUGAUUUCCAUUACAGAAAUGUUUCCUUAAAUAAAAAUAACCAAAUUA